CUGGCGAUAUGGAGAUUGUAGCGCAGCUCUUCCAGUGCACCAACACCGUGACUGGGAUGAGAAAGGUAUCCAAACACAGUCACCUCUUUAAAGACUCCACUGCAGCCACAGCCAGGAGGCACUUUGUUUUGUCAUUGGUAACUGGUGACUCUGGUGGCCUUGACUCUUUCUUGCAGACUCAGGCCUUGCGACAGAGCCAAGACGACCCGGUGAUGCCACGUGUGACCGUCCUGCUGGGUCUGAUGGGGAUCAGCAUGUCUGGAUACAGCUCCCGCCAGCUGACGCUGCACAACAGGCCAUCAAAUCACCUCUUCAGAUGAGCUGGAGG